AAAUGUGUCCGGGUUCUAUUUCAAGUAUCAUUCUUUGAUACUGCUUUGCUGCACGUACUGUUGACUUCUGCGUCUUCCGAGGGAACAUACUUUCCAUCUAACACAUUGUUGGAUAGAAUUCUGAGCUGAUCUUGCAUUCCGUCCAGUGAAAUUCGACCGUGUUGUAGGGAAGAUAUUACUUAUAUUGUAUAUUGUAUUAUGGCAGGUAGUACCAACAAGACAGUGCACGAUAUCUUUCAAACCAUGGAGUACGGACCAACGAGUACCAGCGCUGCCACCGCACAGGCUUGGCUAGAACACCGCUCCCGUGCCCUCGACCUCUUCAUCGAUGGGAAGUUUUUCCAUCCUGUAGACAGACAGACACGCAGUGUGGCUGGUUCCUCAGGAGAGACUGUGUGCAGUACAGUGUGUGCAGUACAGGAAGAUGUAUCUCUGUCUGCAUCCUCUGCUGCCAGUGGCUUCAAAUACUGGAGCGGACUAACCUGCCACCAAAGGGCCAAGGUCUUGCUCAGUUUGGUGAGUGGCCUACAGAGGCACGGACAGUGUCUGUCAGAGCUGAGUGAUCUGUCUCAGUGUCCCAGUUCCCCCUCCACGCUGGUCAGACUGGCCCAGUACUAUGCCAGCUGGGCCCAGCUUAGAGACACACUCAUUCCUGACUGGACCCCCUGGGGUGUGGUGGCAGUGGUUGUCUCUGAUGACUGUUCUCUCUACUCUCUUAUGCUCAAAGUAUUACCAGCUCUGGCCAUGGGCAACACCGUGGUGUUGAUCCCUGGAUUAAGAACUGCCCCUUCUGCUCUCCUGUUGGCCCAGCUAUUUGUUGAGGCGGGACUUCCUGCUGGGGUGCUGAAUGUGGUGACAGGAAGCAAUGCGUCUCUGGGGACCAGUUUAGCCCAGGAUCCGAACAUCAGCUAUGUUACCUACAGUGGCAACAAGCAGGACGGAGAGAUGCUGUGUAAAGCCACAGCCGGGAUGGGUGUGCCAGUCUCUCUCUCUCUCUCCCUUGGUGCCACCUGUCCCUUCAUCAUCUUUGAGUCUGCGGACAUCGAUAGUGCUGUGGAUGGAGUGAUAGAGAUAGCUUUUAAAAAGAAGAAAGAUUGCCAGUGGCUGCUGUGUGUUCAGGAGCCAGUGUGGGACAACGUGGUGGCUCGUCUGAAGCUGCGUUUAGGACGGAUGAAGUGUGUCGCUCUCACCACUGAGGCAGAGAGAGGCCUGGUGGAGAAUGCAGUACAUGAGGCUCAACAGCAGGGGGCAACACUAAUCCAGGCUUCCCCAGUGCCCCCCUCCGGUGCCCUCUACCCCCCUACGGUGCUGUGCGGGAUUGCCCCCUCCUGUUCCUGCGUGGUGACUCCUCCCCCCGGACCCCUGCUACCCCUUCUCUCCUUCAGAAGCCACUCCGAGGGCGUAACCCUGGGGAACCACAGCCCUCACGGCCAGGCUGCCUCUCUCUGGACUGAAGACCUCACGCUGGCCCUGGAGGCUGCCAAGAGCCUGUCUGUCGGGUGCGUGUGGGUGAACUCGCACUCCGUGGCGGACCCGUCACUGCCCGUCUCCGGACACAAGGACAGUGGCACCUGCACCGACGGAGGGAAGGAGGGCCUGUUUCAGUUCUUGCGGCCUUCAUCCUCCUCUUGUCCUCUGCCUCGUUCCUCCCCUGCCUCUGUCGAUUACAGCAAGUUUGGGACAGAGGCCUCGGCAGCUGUCAUUCCUGAUGCCUCUGAUCCUUCCAGUGUUCCUUCCUCCCAUCUCCAGUUGGUGGGGGGUAAGCAGUGCAAGGCUGUGUCUGGCGGUAGUAUGUCAGUGCUGGCACCAGAUGGCGCUGUGCUUGCCUACUGUCCCGAUGGCGGGAGGAAGGACGUGCGCAACGCAGUGGAGGCAGCCAUUAAAGUUCAACCUGGCUGGAUGAAGAAAAGCCCUGCUGCACGUGCUCAGUCUCUCUACUCUCUAGCUGAGGGCCUAGAGCAGAGGAAGCGGGAAGUGACUGCAUCCCUCCGCUCCCAAACUGGCCUCUCAUUGGAGGAGGCAGAAAAGGAGGUGGAGCUCAGCAUAGCCCGGCUCUGUGACUGGGCGGCUCGUUGUGACAAGGAAAGAGGAGGAGCUCUGCUCCUCCCCCAAUCAGGAUCCGCCCUUUCCUUCCCAGAGGCUCUAGGAGUGGUGGGCAUUGUUCUUCCUGACUCAAGUCCCCUCCUCUCUCUUGUGUCUCUGCUGGGAGCGUCUGUCGCCAUGGGAAAUGCAGUUGUCAUGGUGCCUAGUCAGAAAUACCCUUUGCCUGCCCUUGAGUUCAUUCAGGUUCUUCAUUCCUCUGACCUUCCAGGAGGCUUAGUCAACAUCAUAACAGGAAGUAGAGAUCAGCUGACUCAGGCUUUAGCCAACCACAGUGUGAUUAAAUCUGUAUGGUACUGGGGCAGUCACAAGGGUUGUCAGUAUCUGCAGUACACCUGCUCCAGCCCCCUAAAGACCCUGUGGCUGCACAGCCAGGAGAGGGAGAAGUGGACUUCCCCUCAUCCCUCGCUCCUGGAGGAGAUGUGGAGGCAGGCUGUCCAGUGGAAGAGUGUUUGGAUCCCUACUGCAUAGCAAAAGUAAAUGACAGUGAAAAAGAUGUAGCUACCUUGAAUCCCGCUCAGGUUCUAACAAAAAAUUUGGAAUUUGUUUGUCUUUUGUUUUCACACAAAGGCACAUUGGGAUAAAGGUGUUGAUUAGGGAUUCAGGGACGCAGAGAGAGAUUAUGCAUGGAAGUCAGAGAGGAAGAAAUUGUUUAAUAUGGUGAGUUUAAGGAAAAUAAUAGGUUAGGUUUUAAACUAAAAAUAGAAGGAUGAAAUAUAUAAAGAUGUAUGUGGAAGUAAACACUCUUAGCAGAGAAACUCACACAGAUCAUAUGUUUUAGGUCGAUAUUUUUUUUUUUCUUUGUGGACGUUGCAUUUGACCUAUAAUCUUUAAAAAGAUUGAUCUGUAGUCAGCCAUUUCCUCAUAUCACAAAGGACUGUAGACAGACAUUCGGGGCUAAAUACAAGCUACAUUGAGAUAUUUGUUAAAAGUGUGGAUCAAUCACUACCUCAUAACGGAGUCCUUACCAUUUGACCAUUGGGUUAGUCACCAUUAUUCAUUGAUAAUAGGGUAUUCCAUCCAGUUGUAACAUUGUUUACUCAUACGACAUUAUGCAAUUCUGUAGUGUUAACAUUCCAGUAAUGGAACUUUGAAGUGAGUACACUGUACUGUAUAAGAAUGAGAAAAUAACAAUGUAGCGAUAAUCUUGAAAAUAUCUAAUAAACAGACGACAAUGUCUAUGCCAAUAUU